AUGCCCAGAGGUCCCAGGAACCACCAGUCACCACCAGAUAGUGCUUUAUGCUCUCCUUGGCUCUGCUUUUCUCCUGAAGCUCUCUCCAAUGCUGCCUACUCCCAGCCUACUCCAAUACCAGAAAGCAGUGGCAAAAAGCAACCUGAGGACCAGAGUUGCAAGGGAAGAGCAAUAGAUGUUGAGGUUUCCCUCUACAGGAAGCUCCCUAUUGUACCUGGACUGGCUGGGUGUUCACUGCUCUCACCCACUGCUUCCUCCUCCCUGCAUACGGCCGCCACCCCGACCCGUCGACGUCACCGGACGACCUUCAGUCAAGACCAGCUAGACCAGCUGGAGGCAGCCUUUGCCAAAAACCACUACCCUGAUAUCUACUGCCGGGAGGAGCUGGCCAGGGCUACCAAACUCAAUGAGGCUCGCAUCCAGGUUUGGUUCCAGAACCGCCGUGCAAAGCAGCGAAAGCAAGAACGAGCUCUGCUGAAACCAGGCACAUCUGGUGUCCUCUCCAUCUGUCCCAUGCCCUCGCCCCCACCACGACAGUACCAAUACCCCCCCACUCUCGGGUCACACCAUCACCUGUCUCGCUUCCCGGCUACCUACACUCUGCCACCCCCACCUCCCUCUGCUGCCUCUGCCCCAUUUUCCUGUCCUGCCUCCCACCACCAUCAGGCUUCCCGCACUCACGAAGACUGGUACAGCCCACUACGCACCAUGGCUUCUCCCACAGCUGCUCCACCACCUUCCAUGAUCUCACUGAGUCUCGAACCUAGCACCCACUGGAACUAAGUUUUUUUUGGGGGGGUUGUCUGCAGGGGAUGGGCAGGGUCCAGCAAAACACUUCAGAGGGUGUGGGAGAUGGUCAUAAAGACACUCAGAGAUGUACUCCAUUGUGUUGUUUAUUUUGUCCACAGUGGCUUCCAUUGCACAGGGACAUUACACAUGCUUGACUCUAUAAACUGUAACCCCUUCUGGGGCAAGGGCACCAAGG